AUGUUGAUGAUUGUCAGUGUGGUUGUUAUGGGGGUGGUGAUGGUAAUGGUGGUGAUGGUUGUUGUGAUGGUGGUGCUAAUGGUGAUGGUAGUGAUGAUUGUGGUCGUUGUGAUGGUGAUGAUGGUGAUGGUAAUGGUGGUUUCUUGUAGUGAUGGUGGUGUCGAUGGUUUUGUUGAUGGUGGUAUUGAUGGUAUUGGUGACGUAGAUGAUGGUAAUGGUGGUGGUGUUGAUUGUGGUCGUUUUGAUAGUAGCGGUGGUGGUGAUAGUGGUUGUGAUUGUUGCUGUGGAGAUGAUGAUGAUGGUGGAAGUAAUGUUGGUACUAGUGUUGGUGAUGGUGAUAUUGGUGGUGAUGGUGGUGGGUUUGUGACGGUGUCGGUGAUUAUGAUGGUGGAGUUGAUAUUGGUGGUGUUGGUGAUAUUGAUGGUGAUGAUGGUGAUUUGGUGA